GUUCCUCCCAAUGUGAAAUCCACGUAUUCAUUGGUACCACAGGUGUGUGUAAGCAGACACCGGAGGAAUCUUUUCACGUUGACUACAGUGGAGUGCGCUCAGCCUGCCUUCCCUCCAGCUCAGAGCACAUGAAGUGGACCAUUCUAAUUCAGUUGCCUCUCAGCCACAGAGCCCCAAGUGACCAGUAACAUCGGAAGGAAAAAGGGCAGGAGGGAAGCACUUGUGUGAAUACCUGAGCUUGAAGAGCUUCAGUUCCUAAUUUGAAAGAAAGUGAUGUCUUGAUCAAUGUGAACUCAGAAAACUACCCUGAGAAGAAAAUCUAGGAUUUUAUCAUCAAAGACACAAAAAAUAGGUGGAAUUUUUCUAGGUACCGUUGCUACAGCAGGGAUGAAAGCAGGUUCCACACUUGCCAUGACAAAAAAGAAGAACCCAGACUGGUUCAGUAAGGGGAUUACUGCCACAGCUGCAUUACCAGAGAGUGGUUCAUCACUGGCCUUACGAGCCCUAGGAUGGGGCUCGCUCUACGCGUGGUGCGGCGUUGGAUUGCUCAGUUUUGCCAUCUGGAAGGCCCUGGGUGUGCACAGUAUGAAAGAAUUCCAAACUAAAAUGCAGUCAAUGUUUCCAGCAAUCCCUAAAAAUAGUGAGUCCAGUGUUGAAUGGGAAGACUUACUUAAAUCCAAGUGAAAGACUCAGAGCCAUUUGGAGAUGUCUCUUUCAGCAAGAGCAGGAGCAGAAGUAGCAGAAGCGUCCCACCUGAAAAAUAGAGAAGCAAACUCAGACUGAGUUACUGACUGCGUUCACUGAACUUGGGGUUGCCAGUCAACAUCUAGCAGCAGGGGAUUUAAAACAAAGCAAAACAAUUUAUAUUGUACUUUUCAGUGUGCUUGGUAUAGUUGAUUUGUGAAGAAAUGAACCCGCCAAGGUAAGUUGGAUCCAACUU